AUGUACCGGAAUAUAGUCCAAUGCGGACCACUGGGCAUCUCCCUGCCCGUCAUGCUGUCUUGUUCGUGUGUGCACUUUUUUAAUUUAAUGAUCUACUGCAGUGAUAUGACCUCCUCUUAUCCUCGUGAGUACUUACCGCUGGGGAAAUUGAACUACGCCACGUUUAUAGCUGAUGAAAAGGGUUCCCCAACUAGCAAGCGUUGUCACGGGAACCUAACUACUCAGCAGACGAACCGGCAGGAGGGUAAAGAUUACAAUAACACAGACGUGUACUUUCCAAAAGAGAUAACGCGGGAUUUGGAGGACGAGCUCGAUCAGUUCAUGGAAGACUUAUUCAGGGCAGACGCGACACGCAAUCCUGAGAACAGUGUUACAAUGUACAGAAUGAUACGUAUUUACCUGCAGUCACUGGAGGUUGACAGUAAGUAUGGAAAGUUCAUUCAAAAUUACGUAGAAGUUAUCAUUGGGGCUAAAAUGUCCCCAUCUGAAAUUAAGAUGUAA